GGGUCAGGCUGCUCCCAGGCAGCGGCGGCGCCGGAGGCGAGAGGCGGGAGCGGAGCGGAGGCCGGGCCGGGCCGCGGACCAUGGACGUCUCGGGCCAGGAGAGCGACUGGCGCAGCGCCUCCUUCCGCCAGAAGCUGGUCAGUCAAAUUGAAGAAGCAAUGAGGAAAGCCGGAGUUGCCCAUAGCAAAUCUAGCAAGGACAUGGAGAGCCACGUGUUCCUGAAGGCCAAAACCCGGGACGAAUAUCUUUCCCUUGUGGCCAGGCUCAUUAUCCAUUUCCGAGACAUUCAUAACAAGAAAUCUCAGGCCUCUGUUAGCGAUCCCAUGAAUGCCCUACAGAACCUCACAGGUGGACCUCCAGCUGGAGCGACUGGAAUGGGGAUGGCUUCUCGGGGCCCAGGCCAAUCACUGGGCGGGAUAAGUGGGCUCGGAGGAGCGGGCCAGCCAAUGACCCUCUCAGGACAGCCACCACCUGGCACCUCAGCAAUGCCCCCUCAUGGUAUGUCUGUUGUUUCUGCCACCACUCAGCCGACCCAGCUCCAGCUGCAGCAGGUGGCCCUGCAGCAACAGCAGCAGCAGCAGCAGCAGCAGCAACAGCAGCAGCAGUUCCAGGCCCAGCAGCAGGUGGCCCUGCAGCAGCAGCAGCAGCAGCAGCAGUUCCAGGCCCAGCAGAGUGCCCUGCAGCAGCAGCAGUUCCAGGUGGCUGUGCAGCAGCAGCAGCUGCAGGUGGCCGUGCAGCAGCAGCAGCAGCACCUGCUGAAAUUCCACCAUCAGAGCCAGCAGCAGCUGCAGCAGCAGCAACAGCAGCAGCAGCAGCUGCGAAUCGCCCAGCUGCAGCUCCAGCAGCAGCAGCAGCAGGCCAUGCAGCCCCAGCAGCCGCCCUCCCAGGCCGUGCAGCAGCAGCUGCACCACCAUCCGCCGCCACAGACGCAGCCCCAGCAGCAGCAGCAGGUGGCUCAGAACCAGCAGGCCCAGCUCCCGCCGCAGGCCCAGCCGGCCCAGCCUUUGGUCCCUCAGGCCCAGUCGCUCUCUGGGCAGAUGAUGCUCACUCCACAGCAGCUCAAAGUGAUGCAGGUCCGAGCCCAGAUGGUCGUGCAGCAGGCGCAGCAGGCACAGCAGCAGCAGGCGCAGCAGCAGGCACAGCAGCAGCAGCAGCAGCAGGCGCAGCAGCAGCAGCAGCAGGCGCAGCAGCAGCAGGCGGCCGCAGCCCAGGCCGCCCAAGUCGCCCAGAUGGCCGCUGCUGCCGCUGCGGCCGCAGGAGGACAGGUCAGCCAGAGCAGCAUGGCCAUGAUGUCCUCUCCAUCCCCCGUCCAGCAAGCUCAGACCCCCCAGGCAAUGCCGCCUCCCCCGCAGCCAUCUCCGCAGCCUGGCCAGCCUUCCUCCCAGCCCAACUCCAACGUCAGCUCCGGUCCUGCUCCAUCUCCCAGCAGCUUCCUGCCCAGCCCCUCUCCGCAGCCUUCUCAGAGUCCAGCUUCUGCCCGCACUCCACAGACCUUCAGUGUUCCAUCCCCUGGGCCGCUCAACACCCCUGUGAACCCCAGCUCGGUCCUGAGCCCGGCCAGCUCCAGCCAGGCCGAGGAGCAGCAGUACCUGGAGAAGCUGAAGCAGUUGUCAAAGUACAUCGAGCCCCUGCGGCGCAUGAUCAACAAGAUUGACAAGAAUGAAGAACGGAAGAAGGAUCUCAGUAAGAUGAAGAGCCUGUUGGACAUUCUUACCGACCCGUCCAAGAGGUGCCCCCUGAAAACCCUCCAGAAAUGUGAGAUUGCUCUGGAGAAGCUAAAGAAUGACAUGGCUGUGCCCACCCCUCCCCCUCCUCCUGUGCCACCCACCAAGCAGCAGUACCUGUGCCAGCCCCUUCUGGAUGCUGUCCUCGCCAACAUCCGCUCCCCAGUCUUCAACCAUUCCCUGUACCGCACGUUUGUGCCGGCCAUGGAGGCCAUCCACGGCCCUCCCAUCACAGCUCCAAUCGUCUCCCCUCGGAAACGUAAAUAUGAGGAUGAUGAAAAGCAGACGAUCCCAAAUGUGUUACAAGGAGAAGUGGCCCGACUGAAUCCCAAAUUCCUGGUGAACCUGAACCCCUCCCACUGCAGUAACAAUGGCACCGUGCAUCUCAUUUGUAAGCUGGAUGACAAGAACCUCCCCAGUGUCCCUCCGCUGGAGCUUAGCGUUCCUGCUGACUACCCAGCCCAGAGUCCUCUGUGGAUAGACAAACACUGGCAAUAUGAAGCCAACCCGUUUCUCCAGUCCGUGCACCAGUACAUGACUUCCAAGCUGCUUCAGCUGCCGGACAAGCACUCAGUCACGGCUCUCCUCAACACGUGGGCGCAGAGCAUCCGGCAGGCCUGCCUCUCGGCUGCGUAGCCCCCUCCUCCGGCUGGGCCCCCCCUCGGCCAGGCGGAGCCCGGGCCCCGGAUUGCUCUUCCCCCCCCUCCUGUUCCGCCUCUGUACUGCCUGCCUGGCACCUCCACUCAUUUCUGCUGGCUGUGCGGUCGUUGUGCACGGCUGUCUUGGGGAGGGGCUGGACCAGGCACCUUGUAGAUCGCAGCCUGGGGGCUGCCCACGGUUCUUCUCCCCCCCCCCCCCCAGAUCCACCGGCACCUGGCCCCAACAUCCUCUCUGGCUUGUUAAGAAAAGGCGGAGCACUCGGGCCGUGGCUCUCCUCCCACACUAGAUGACAGAUCCACGUGGCUGUGGUGGAGGAAGCUCAGAACGUGGGAAACUUCUCUUCUGUCCAGUUCUUACCUGAUUCCAUUUGCGUUUAUGCAGACCAUGUCAUCGCUUUUGCUUGUGGAGCCGAGGCAGCAGGGAGAGCCAAACAUCCCAGCAUCCCUUGGGCCCAAAGACACAGCCCCUUCCUUGGCAGUCGUGGCCCCAAGGCCUGCUUGGCAUGCUUCCUGCUCCAUGCCACCCCGCCACCCUGCAAGGUAGGGAGCCUCUCUGGGCAUCUGGCCUGGGUCAUCAUUAGCCUCUCCCUUCGUUGGGCCUUGUGAGGCCUCACGAUGCUCAUCCUGGAGAGUCAAGGGUGGCCGCCUUCCGGUCAGUCCCCACCCGUCUGCUUGUUCUUCUGGAAAGCCGAGUGAGGCUGCCAUGGACUCUUCGUUCCUGGGCUCUCGACACCCCAAGGGUUCUGCUUGUCACUGGCUUCCCUGGGGUGGAGAGGGGAGCUCAGGGCUGGCAGUGUGGAAGAACCAGCUCCCUCCCCCUGAACCAAGCUUUCAGGCCCCUGCAGUGGGGGGGCAGCGGGUUAGUCAGGGCACAUUACCUGAGAGGGGAGGGGCGACAUUUUGUAUGCACACUAACACAGGAUUUGUUCUUUGGGUGAUUAUAAUAAAUUUAUUCCUCUGUUUGA